AUGGCGGGCACCUCGAUACCGGACUAUGUCCUCACAUAUGCUCCUUUAGUCUUCUUAGAUAGAGGUGAUCCAUAUUUUCCAAGUGAUAUGGCAACCCACAUAUCUCAUACCCACCCAACCAAGAACUGGAAGAACAUCACCGAUGCUCCAACACGGCUCACACUUGACAAUCUGGACUCUUUAAACCAAUUCGGAGAAGAAGACGUCUAUCUUACCUCGACAGAAGAACUCAUCAAGCUACCAUCGUACUUGAAAGGUCAAAAACCAGAUCCAAACACCUUGCAAACAGCAGGGGCCAUCAGCUGUGUCAUCAUCGUCGUUGACAAGGGUGACAGAAUCAUGGACGCUUUUUAUAUCUAUUUCUACACUUACAACAAAGGCCCUUCUGCUUUGGGUCACGAAGUCGGGAAUCACUUGGGUGAUUGGGAGCACAACAUGGUCCGCUUCAAAGACGGCUCACCACAAGCAGUGUGGUAUUCCCAACAUGACUACGGAGAAGGAUAUACCUACUCUGCCGUCAAAAAGAUCGGCACCCGACCCGUAUCAUUCAGUGCCCGUGGCUCACACGCAAACUACGUUACGGCCGAUGCCCACGACCUACACAAUUUCAAUGCAGACGUCCCAGCUCACAUAGUCUUCGACCGAACAUCCCAAGGUCCCCUCUGGGAUCCAACCCUCUCAGCAAAUUACUACACCUUCUCCACCUCAACCAAGAAAUUCAUGCCCGCGCUGAAAGAUACGCCAGUAAACUACCUUUAUUUCCAAGGAAAGUGGGGAGAUGAUGAUCGUCCCGACGAUAUGGAGGGCCAGGAGGAUUUUCACGGGUUUAAGAAGUGGACUGGGGGCCCGAGGGGGCCAAUUGAUAAACAUUUGGAUAGGAUAGAUGUUUGUUUACCGAAUCGAGAGACGUGUGAGAUUAAGAGUAGGAUAUGA